UACUAAUUAUUAAAUAAAUAAAUUAACCGAUAAAUAAGCGCGGCGGGUCAGCUGUCAACGCGGCAGUUGGCAACGCGGCCGACUGUCAAAGCAAACCGAUUAAAAAAAGUUGUCUCCGCAUUAAGUGCUCACAGGAAUAUUUUCCAGCAUUUCGAAAAUAUGAUACGGGCACCGCUAGUCAAGGCGCUGGGCGCUCUGGGCUCGCCCACACAUCAGAUGGCCAGCCGGGCGGUGCGCACCAGCGCCAUGGUGGCCCAGACACCGGCGAAGGCGCCCGAGAAGAUCGAGGUCUUUGUGGACGACAUUCCCGUGCAGGUGGCACCCGGCACCACCGUGCUGCAGGCCGCUGCCCAGAUCGGCGUGGAGAUUCCCAGAUUCUGCUACCACGAGCGACUGGCCGUCGCCGGAAACUGCAGGAUGUGCCUCGUGGAGGUGGAGAAGAGUCCCAAGCCAGUGGCCGCCUGCGCCAUGCCCGUGAUGAAGGGCUGGCGCAUCAAGACCAACUCCGAUUUGACCCGCAAGGCGCGCGAGGGCGUCAUGGAGUUCCUGCUGAUGAACCAUCCGCUGGACUGCCCCAUCUGCGACCAGGGCGGCGAGUGCGACCUGCAGGAUCAGGCCAUGGCCUUCGGAUCCGACCGCUCGCGCUUCACGGACAUCAACUACACCGGCAAGCGAGCUGUUGAGGACAAGGACAUCGGUCCGCUGGUCAAGACCAUCAUGACGCGCUGCAUCCACUGCACCCGCUGCAUCCGUUUCGCCUCCGAGAUCGCCGGCGUGGAUGACCUGGGCACCACCGGCCGUGGCAACGACAUGCAGAUCGGCACCUACGUGGAGAAGCUCUUCCUCACCGAGCUCUCCGGCAACGUGAUCGACCUGUGCCCCGUGGGCGCGCUGACCAACAAGCCCUACAGCUUCGUGGCCCGUCCCUGGGAGAUCCGCAAGGUGAGCAGCAUCGACGUGCUGGACGCCGUGGGCAGCAACAUCGUGGUCAGCACCCGUACCAACGAGGUGCUGCGCAUCCUGCCGCGCGAGAACGAGGACGUCAACGAGGAGUGGCUGGCCGACAAGGGGCGCUUUGCCUGCGACGGUCUGAAGCGCCAGCGCCUAGUGGCGCCCAUGGUGCGCAUGCCCAACGGCGAACUGCAGGCCGUCGAGUGGGAGGGCGCCCUCAUUGCCGUGGCCAAGGCCGUGAAGGCGGCCGGUGGCCAGAUUGCCGGCAUCUCCGGCCAGCUGGCCGAUCUGGAGGCUCAGGUGGCCCUCAAGGAUCUGCUGAAUCGUCUGGGCAGCGAAGUGGUGGCCACCGAGCAGGGCUUCAUCCAAGGCGGCACCGAUUCGCGGGCCAACUACCUGCUGAACAGCACCAUCGCCGGCUUGGAGGAGGCCGACGCCGUUCUCCUGGUGGGCACCAAUCCCCGCUACGAGGCCCCGCUGGUCAACACCCGUCUGCGCAAGGCCUACGUCCACAACGAGCUGCAGAUCGCCUCGAUUGGACCCAAGAUUGAUCUUUCCUACGACCACGAGAACCUCGGCGCCGAUGCUGCCCUGGUCACGGACGUCUGCUCCGGAUCGCAUGCCUUCUCCAAGGUUCUGGAGAAGGCCAAGAAGCCGGCCAUCAUCAUCGGAGCCGAUCUGCUGGAGCGUGCCGAUGGCGCCGCCAUCCACGCCACCGUGGCCGAGUACUGCAAGAAGCUGAAGAAGCCGAACUGGAAUCCCUUCAAUGUGCUGCAGAACAACGCCGCCCAGGUGGGCGCCCUAGAUGUGGGCUACAAGGCGGGCGCACAGAUCGCCGUGAAGUCGCAGCCCAAGGUGCUCUUCCUGUUGAACGCCGACGCCGGCAAGGUGACCCGCGAGCAGCUGCCCAAGGACUGUUUCGUGGUCUACAUUGGUUCGCACGGCGACAAUGGGGCCUCGAUUGCCGAUGCCGUGCUGCCCGGCGCCGCCUACACAGAGAAGCAGGCCAUCUACGUGAACACGGAGGGCAGGCCGCAGCAGACGCUGCCGGGCGUUUCGCCACCGGGCAUGGCCCGCGAGGACUGGAAGAUCCUGCGCGCCCUCUCCGAGGUGGUGGGCAAGCCGCUGCCGUACGACAACCUGGACGAGCUGCGCAACCGCCUGGAGGAUGUGGCGCCGCAUCUAACGCGCCUGGGACAGCUGGAGGCAGCCGGCGAGGCUGGCGUAGCGGGUGCUAUCAGCAAAUCCAUCGGCGGCGGCCCCAUUGAUCUGAAGCUGAAGGAGCUGCGCGACUACUUCAUGACCGAUGCCAUUUCGCGCGCCUCGCCCACCAUGGCCAAGUGCAUAUCGGCGGUCAACAAGCAGCAGCGGGAUAACGAGGCCAAGCAGAGCGUGGCCAUCUAGGCGAUCUAAACUAAUGAAUAAUUAAUGUUUUUUUUUCUAACUCUGCUCUUCGACCUUUUGCCCCGCCACGCCACGCCACGCCACGCCACGACACGUCACGCCACGCCCCCAAAUACUUACGGACACAAAGACAGCAGGAGGAGCCGCAGGAUGAGCCAGCGCAGGAGCGGAUUGGGGAGCAGCUGGGAUCGGCCCCAGCGCUGGGGCAGUUGUAAAUGAAAAAGUCUUUCAAGUUGUUCGAAACAAAGGAGUUAUUCAAUACGAAAAAUAGGAAAACCAAAAUAAAAAUGUAAUAGAAAAUAUCAA